CUGUUCUCGCCCGCCAUGGCUUCUGCAAACGACUCGCUGCCUCCUGGCUGGAUUGCUGAGUGGAACGAAGCCAACCAGCGAUACCUUUUCAUCGAUACGACUACAAACCACACACAAUGGGAAGAGCCAUCUGCAAGUGUCCCGCCCCCCGCAGAAACUAUAGCAGCUCCGACUGGUGGGGGCCACGGAAAGAGACGGCAAUAUGCUGCUGGUCAGACCCAAGCGUAUUAUGGUGGAGGAGACACGUUGGCCUCUGCACCAGAUGCUGGCUACUACGGUGGUGCGGUGGACCCCAAUCAGCAAGCACAGCAGCAACAACCAGCGGCGGGGGGUCAGCUUUUCACACCAGGAUAUGCUGCAGAGGGUGGUUUCGCUGGUCAACAAGGACAACCAGCGUAUUAUCAACCAGACGCGCCGGCCUAUGCCCAGCAGUCGCAACAGCAACCUCAAUUCGGUAACAACAACGUCGAUGGACUCGCGAAUCAAUUCAGCGGGAUGAACAUGGGUCAAAAACAGUUCACGCUCAACACCAUAAAUGUCCUCACUGCCCCACCCGACCCUCGCGACCUUCAUGCCCCCCCGCCAGAAAUUCGCCUGCCCCCUGGCUCAUGCUUGUCGCCAGCGCCUACCGCGACUGCCGAUCCAUCUUACCAGCGAUUAACUAUCAACGCAGUCCCAACGACAUCUUCCCUCCUUGGGAAGUCCAAGCUUCCCCUCGCGCUAGUUCUCACGCCCUACCGCACUCUCGAUGAAGGUGACGAUGCCAUCCCGCUCGUGACCGACGUCAUUGCUCGUUGUCGGCGUUGUCGCAUGUACAUCAACCCGUAUGUGCAGUUCAUUGACGGUGGAAAUCGCUGGCGUUGCUGCAUGUGUAACAUGUCAAAUGAGGUCCCCCAGAUGUUCGACUGGGACCAGGCCCGUAACCAGCCUGGUGAUCGCUGGGCCCGCGCUGAACUCAACCAUUCUGUGGUUGAGUUUGUUGCCCCCACCGAAUAUAUGGUCCGCGCCCCACAACCGGCCGUCUACGUCUUCCUCAUCGACGUAAGCCACCCUGCCGUUCAGUCUGGUAUGGUCGCGACUGCGACCCGUGCACUUUUGGAAAACCUCGACCGCAUUCCCGACGACGACAAAAUCACCAAGAUAGGCAUUAUCUGCUAUGACACGUCGCUCUACUUCUUCUCAAUGGCUCCAGGAACAACAGAUUCGACCAUGCUUGUUGUCUCCGACAUUGACGACGUCUUCCUUCCGAAACCGACCGACUUGCUUGUUAACCUUUCCGAAGCGCGUCCCGCGCUCGAGUCGCUACUUAGCAGGCUUGGUGAUAUGUUCCAAGACAACAACGCCAUCGGAAGCGCUUUGGGUCCUGCUUUACAGGCUGGGUCGAAGUUAAUGGCACCCAUUGGAGGCAAACUCAUUGCCCUCUCUGCGAGCUUGCCUUCUGUUGGCGAGGGUGCGCUCAAGAAUCGUGAAGAUCCCAAGGUUCUUGGCACAGCCAAGGAAUCUGCUCUCCUUCAAGCAGCCAACUCGUUCUACAAGACCUUUGCCAUUGACUGCUCGCGGGCGCAAGUCACUGUGGACAUGUUCCUCUUCAGCUCGGGCUACCAGGAUGUGGCCAGUCUUGCCAACCUCCCGCAUUACACUACGGGUAACACAUACUACUAUCCUGCCUUCAAUGCUGCCCGGUCCGAAGACGCCAUCAAGUUUGCAAAAGAGUUUGGCGAUGUGGUCGCGCAGCCCAUAAUGUUGGAAUGCAUUACUCGUGUGCGAGCAUCUCGAGGCCUUCGAAUGGCUUCUUUCCACGGCAACUUCUUCGUCCGGUCAACAGAUCUUCUUGCAAUGCCGACUGUCCCUCAAAACCAGUCUUACGCAAUCGAAAUUGAGAUCGAAGACACCCUAACCGCGCCGUUUGUGGUUCUUCAAACUGGUAUGCUGCAUACCACUUGUUUCGGCGAGCGUCGUUUGCGUGUCGUCACCACAGCCUACCCUACCACAAGUAACCUUUCGGAAAUCUUUGCGUCGGCCGACCAAAUUGCUCUCACCACUCUGUUCGCCAAUAAGGCGGUCGAACGUUCAUUAUCGUAUCGCCUUGAGGACGCACGUGACUAUAUAUUCAAACGGCUGGUCGAUAUUUUCAUCGCAUACAAGACGAGCAUGACUGCUGGUGGAGCUGGAGCCAGCGCACAGCUGGCUUUCGCGGACAACCUGAAGAUGCUCCCCGUAUUGAUCUUGGCACUUUUGAAGAACGUUGGCAUAAGGCAAAGUGCCCAAAUUCCCCCGGAUAUUCGAGCAUACUCCCAGGCGCUGUUGACUUCGCUGCCAUCACAACUUCUGAUUCCUUAUCUUUAUCCUUCGUUCUACUCUCUGCAUACAAUGCCUCCCGAAGCUGGAACUGUUGGCGAACAUGGUGUUAUCAUGCCCCCGGCGAUGCCUUUGACCUCUGAACGACUGGAGCGCCAUGGUCUCUUCUUGAUCGAAGAUGGACAGACUAUCUUCCUCUUUGUCGGGCGUGAUGCUGUGCCGCAGCUCAUCAUGGACGUGUUCGACUUGCCAAACUACGAAGUAUUACGUGGCGGCAAGACUACCCUUCCGGUGUUGGACAACCCCUUCUCGCAGCGGGUCAAUGCUAUCAUCCAAAAGACGAGGGAAAUGCGGCGCGGUGUUUACUACCCCCACGUUUACGUCGUCAAGGAGGACGGAGAGGCGCCGUUGCGUUUGUGGGCACUCAGCGCGCUCAUUCAGGACCGGGCGGACGUGCUGCCGAGCUACCAGCAGUUCAUCAACACCGUCAAAGAGAAGGUCAACGGUGUUGGCUACUGA